CUAGCGCGGAAUUCACGGUUUUAGACUGUCUAUCAAUGCCUAAGGAGUAGCAGCAGCAGCAGCAGACAUCAUCAGGCUCGCCGGCACCACACACCAACGAAUCGUCGGCGCGAGCGGGCGUUCCGCCGCGAUUUACAAACUCGCGCCGGUGGAUAUUAAAGCGGGGACCAGCAAACGUGCCGUCUAGUGCAGCGAUGAAAGGAAUACUAUUCUAGUUACGAAACCUAAUAUGCCGAGCAGUGCCAGGAUAAGCCAAGCUAAUCAAACAAGUGUAACAUUUGGACAGCGUUAAAGAUACUUUUCGAAUAACAACUGUAUUAAACAGUAUUAAUAUAUUUUUUAUCUAUUAAGCUAAAUAAUUCGAACGGUGUCAAUCAAGCAAUAUUAAAAUAGUUUUAUUUAUAAGUGAAACAAUCAUCAUACACUUCGAAGAGUGUUAGAACCGCGUGUUGCGAGGUUCUUGUGUUGGCGAGGCUAAGUGUAGUGUCGUGUUCAGUACCAAUAUUGUGUUCAAAAAAUGUUAUUAUUUUUAACAUUCAAGAAUAUAUCGAUAUAGUGUUCUUGAAGAGAAUCGUCUUAAAGCUCUUUUAAAUACUUAAAAUUUAAUCGAGAAAUAAUUUCUCGCGUCUUGAGCGGAGUAGCGUAGAGCUUUUUGAAACUGUAUUGCCUUUUGUAGUAACAAAAUUUCUGAAAAUCAGAGCAAACAUUUUUUGAUACUAUAUACAUUAAAAGAAGAAGAAGAUUUGUUGACAUAUUGUGUCGAAUAUAUUUUUUGAAUGUGUUCCUUGCGUGUUUCCUUGCGUUGAGUUUCAAGUGGAAUAAAUUGAAGAAUCUCUCGAACUAAUAAAAACAUAAUUCUUAAUAAAAAGAUAUAUCAGGAGAAACUUCUUGAAAGAUCUUGAUGCUAACGGCUGAUGAUGUUUGAUUUAUGGUGAAUAAUAUUGAAUAAUCAAUACCGAUACAUCUAACUAAUUAGAAUCCAUGCAAAUUCGAGUUAAUUAACCAGCACGUAAUAAAUUUAACCACAGUCGAUUAAAUAGCAAACUGACCCGAUACCUAUUGACCAGAAUCAAUCGAACGUGGCUGUGCAUAUAAUAAAUAUUAAUAUGAAUUAAUCGCUCGACGCACUUAAUAUUGAAGAAAAUUAAUUUAUCGGCAUUUAAUGUUCAUCAAUUACACUCAACGAAUGCAUAAAAAAUUGAUUGUAAGCAUCCAUUAAUCAGUGGAUAAGUGGACAGUGGUAAAGGAGUAGAUGUGCAAAGAAGUAGAAGUGCAAUUAAUCAUCGAUCAUCCGGCACGUUAAGCAACUCCUUCAUAGCGAAUUGAGAGCACGUUUCGUCAUCCGCGCGCGAGUGCCUAAAUACAAAAUCGUUUAUCCGUACUAUUCUAAUCCUCGUCCUUGAGGCGCCACGGGGAAACGUGUUGCCGCCGUUGUCUUCUUAGUGGAACUUGGCCGUGGCCGAUUGAUCGCGACGGGGGACCACUUACUUCUAUAACAAACAUGUUAUUGCGGAGGAAGAGUUAAGAAAUCGGCGGCCAAAAAUAAGGAGGAAAACGAUCGAAGAAUAUCGUUUACAGAGCGACUUCGAGACGCACGACGAACGACGCCGAUCUCUGACAAUUCUCAAGAAUCGAAGGUAUAAAUUACUCAAAAACAUUAGCAACAUAUAAAAGGCAUUCGUAUUUCCCCUUAAACCUUACUUGCGGUUAUAUAUUUGGGACCCGUGUGAGAGGGUAAUAUCGGACCGAAUUCUGGGAAGGGCAAAAGGUCGUCGACCUCCGGAUGGCAGAGCUGCGAUUCGAGUGGCCGUGGGAGAACUUGAAGAGGCGAUAGGAAAGUGCGCGGUCUACCUUCUGAAGAGAGAUUUCGCUUAUCAGAACGCGGUGGUACUCGAGGGCUAAUUUUAGGCCCUUCCCGAAGACGAGGCUCGCGAGGAUAUUUUUCAGGUCACUGUGAUGAUCAGCCAUCAUGGCGUGGCCGGCAGCGACGACCCUGACGAGUCUCCUGGUGCUGCUGCUUAUGACGAUCGCGGCCAGUUUCUCGCCCAGGAUCAUCGCCACCACGCAAGCGCCUUUCGGCAGGAUUCUGAAGGCUGUGAAAGUGCACGGAGGAUACAUGGAGGUGAUCCAGGAACAGAGAUGCUCCCACGGCCUGCUCAGAUUGACGUGCAGAUCGUUGAGAGCGUUUAUUUAUAUUCUGGAGGCGGAAUACCACGCGAAUCAUACAGAACUCUGUCAGAAAGAGUCAAAAGGCUUGGAAGAGCUCAAAAUGUGGAGGAACAAAGGUAGCACACGUCGAUGGACGAACGUCAAAGAGCUCAAAGGAAACUACAUUCUCGACGGCGAAGACGACCAGGCAGACAUCGUCGAUAUUAGAUCAUCCUUGAAUAAAAGAUGUUCCGGUCAGAAACACUGUCGCUACAAUGUGACUAUCGAUCAUCCAGGAGCACAUUCUUGGAUUCCAGGUGGAAUUUCAUUAAAAUACGCUUGCAUACCAGAAGUUGCGGUUAGACGAUACUGCAAUCAGGAGGUGAAGGUAAUCGGCGGAGAAGGUGGUUACAUCAACACCCCGGGUUACCCACUGUACUACGUCGGAGAAACGUGUGGGUGGACCUUCAGGACGUUUCCGGGUCAGAGGAUAGUUCUGACCUUUCACGACUUGAAUAUCCGUGGUCCGAACGCGGAUGGGAACUGCGUGGAUAUCGUGAGAGUGCGGGAACGCGGCAGCACUCUUUUCGAGUUCUGCGGCACCGCCGCGGGCGUACGAGUUGUCUCCAACUCGAACGUGUUGACCCUCGACUUCGUCGCUUCAAAGAGGUUUUACAACGCCCGAGGCUUUUUGCUGCAGUACCAAGUGUUGGGCUGUCCGGAGGUCUCGGCGCCGAACGGAAGUUACGUGUCGAACGGUACAUUGACUUCGCGGACAUUCCUAUGCAAGUCGGGCAGCGUAUUUUCCGACAGCAGGGAGAGAAAAAGGACACUUGAGUGUAGAAAUGGUAAAUGGAACGAGACCGCCGCCAAGUUACCCGAUUGCGUAGCCACGUCAGCGGUGAUCGUGAAAGCAGAGAACGAGCACCAUCAUCUGUCGAGUCUCUCCGGGGACAAUAUUCUUGGGUCGGGGGUGAGAAUAGGACGCGGCGAGGACGCAGUCGCGAGCGGUAGCAUCAGCCCCAUUAUGGAUUCGGCGCAAUCGUCCAUCAUGAAGCAAGCGGACUACGUCGUAGAUGUUGUGCUGCCAACGGUCCUAAUUGCUUUGCUGUUCGUCGGCAAUGCGAUCAUCGUUUAUAUCAUCUUUCAGUUUAGAAAGAGAAAGCUCUCUGCCGAGACGCAGGGCGAAGAAAUGGCCCUUCGAGGCCCACCUGACGUGCCCAACGUGUGAUGUCAGAGGCCCGGACUAAUCGCGCACAUGGCCACCGGUGUCGACGAAAAGUCACUGAUGUCCACGUGGAAUUCGGGGGUCAUCGCGAAGACGCCGCAGGAUCGAUCUCUGAUGAAGGACACCGAAGUUCUCGCGAUAAUCCCGUGCAAUUAGCUGAAGGAGUCGCGCUCGAAGAAGCUAAGAGAGAGACACGUGUCUUCUCGCAAUAUUCGAAGUCGUGUGCGUGCAUCCUGCCGUGCACAUGGCGCAGAAACGUGACUGUUUGAAUUCCGUGAUCUUUCCCUCGUUACAUUCGCAUUAAAUCGGAGAUAUAAAAUUUGAAGCCGGACGACGCUACGCUUGACACUGAAAACGCGCGGAGAAUAUAUACAGUCGAAGUCAUGCAUUUUAUUUCUCGCACGUUUACUGCUAAGUGCUAAGCGUAUCUGAUUGAUUGUCAUUUCACGUUGACAGAAAACCUUCCUUAAAUGUACCGCAUUUGCGACUUAUUUCGAAAAAUAAUGUUCAAAAGUAGUUGCGCUUAGAGCAAAGUACGCUGCCAAAAUAAGGCCCAGUGUCUCAUGAAAACAUUUUAAGUAUAAACGGACUGUAUUGGUUCGGCGCCAUGUAACUCGCGAGCCUAUUAUGUCUUACAUAUGCAUAUUUACGUAAUUCUGUAUUAUAAUGUAAGGAAAUAAUAUAUUCUAUACUUCGUCCAAGAUUGUAGAUAAGUUAAAAAUAAAUCAACGUUUUCGUAGCAGUGUUGUCAAA